AUGUCGGCCGAGGGUGACGCUGUUAAAGUGGAGGGGGGUCAUGUAUCAGUCACUACCAUCAGCAUGUCUGGAGCAGAGACCAGCAAUGGCCAGUUCUCGUACAGUUCGAGUGGGGUACGCAUCAGCGUGUCCUCGGAUCCUCAUGACGAGGACUCCACUGACGCAGAAAUCUCCAAGAUCGACUUCACGCAACACCAAUACGAGGUCAACAUGCGAAACAAGAAGAAGCGGUCGGGCGGCGUCCAGGCCGAAAACCAGGUCAUGGACCGCGAGCGCCCCAUGUCAUGGGAGGGCGAGCUGUCAGAUUCCGAGAUGGUCAUAGACACCAGCGUCAACAACGACGAGAACAGCAGCUCGAUAGACAUGCAGUCGUCCCGGGACUCCGUCGACACCCUCCGCAACGUCACCAUAAAAACGGAACCGCUUAAGGGGGACGCCUUCCAGAGCCUCGACGAUCAGACGGUCCUGGACCUGAAGUACUCGGCGCCCCUGCAGCCGCACCAGCGUAGUCUCAGCAUGAACAGGAUAUCUGUCCUCACCGACAACACCUCCCUGUCGCUCUCUCGACGACCCUCGUCGCCAACGAACAGCGCCAAGUCCCUGGCCCUCAGCGACCAGGGCACGAUGCCGAUGAUGACGCACGUGGCCGGAGAGGCGCAGAACUUGACAAUAAAGAAGGAGACGCAAUUAUCAGAGCUAAAAUGCGAAGCGGGCUCGGGAAUGGAAAAGCUUCUGGCUCUGCACGGGUCGCCGCUGCUAGGCCGGCUGCCUCGAGUCCAGUCCAGCGCCAGCACGGACUCCGCUGUCCACUCCAUGUACACGCACAGCGUGUACAGCAGCCCGUCGGCGAGCCCGCGCCCGGCGCGUCACUACACGCCGUCCCUCUCGCGGAACAACAGCGACGCCUCCCACUCCUCCUGCUACUCCUACAGCUCAGAAUUCUCGCCGACGCACUCGCCCGUGCAGAGCCGCCAGCCCCACGUGGUGUACCGCGAGGCGUCUGCCGUUUACCCCGCCUCUCCGGCCCACGACGAGGACACUGAUGCGGCGGAAGAGCGGCUCCACCACCACCAGGGCAUCAGCCGGCAGCAGCUUAUCAACAGCCCGUGCCCCAUCUGCGGCGACAAGAUCAGCGGCUUCCACUACGGGAUAUUCUCGUGCGAGUCGUGCAAGGGCUUCUUCAAGCGGACCGUCCAGAACAGGAAGAACUACAUGUGCCUGCGCGGCGGCAACUGCCCGGUGACGGUGGCCACGCGCAAGAAGUGCCCCGCCUGCCGGUUCGACAAAUGCCUAGGGUGCGGCAUGAAGCUCGAAGCCAUACGUGAGGACCGCACCAGAGGCGGCCGCUCGACGUACCAGUGCUCGUACUCGCUGUCCGGCGCCGCUUCCACCGGCUCGCUGCUCUCCGCGCACGUGCCGCCAACGCUGCGCCACGCCUCCAGCCUCACCUGCGUGAGUACCGGCAAAUAUACCACCUCCCCUAACCUCCCACACACCCCUCCCCUCCCCUCCCCCAUCCUCCACCCUCCUCUCCCCUCGCCAACCCCUCCACAUCCCUGCCCAUCCCUCCCCACGUCUUCCAUUCACCUAAAUCCUUCUCUAGCGACCUUCAACAACAUCGUUGCCAUGGUGAACGGUCCAGGGUCAUACAGCAGUCGAGGGGAGUCGAGCAACAGUCGGUUGACGCCAGACAUUCCGCCAUUAUUGCAGGAGAUAAUGGACGUGGAGCACCUGUGGCAGUACAACGAGUCCGAGCUGAGCCGCCUGGGCAAGUCCACGGGAGCCAACCCGCUGCUGGCGGCGAGCGGCAUCACGCCGCACACCUCCAGCGCCGACCUGCUGGCGGACCUCUGCCACAUCGCGGACCACCGCCUCUACAAGAUCGUGAAGUGGUGCAAGAGCCUGCCGCUCUUCAAGAACAUAUCGAUCGACGACCAGAUCUGCCUGCUCAUCAACAGCUGGUGCGAGCUGCUGGUCCUGUCGUGCUGCUACCGCGGCGUCAGCACGCCGGGGGAAGUGCGCGUGGGAGGAGGGAGGGGUAUCACGCUGCACCAGAGCGCCAAGUUUGGAUUGACGCCGUGUAUAGAGCGCAUGCUGAGCUUCACUGACCACCUUCGGAGGCUACGGGUGGACCGAUAUGAAUACGUCGCCCUAAAAGUCAUCGUACUACUCACUUCGGACGCACCAGAAUUGCGCGAAGCUGAGAAGGUGCGAGCCUCCCAGGAGAAGGCGUUGGCGGCGCUGCAAGCGUACACGGCCGCGCACUCGCCCGACACGCCCGCCAAGUUCGGCGAGCUGCUGCUGCGCAUACCGGAGCUGCAGCGCACCUGCCAGUUCUUCAUGCAAGUUGGCAAAGAAAUGCUCAAUCCUGCCAACAAGAGCAAAGAUGGCGACGGGCCGAGCUUCAACCUUCUCAUGGAAUUACUGAGGGUAACGCAACACAAUAAACGCUUCACGGCAUGUCGCUCUUUGAGGAGCGACCAGGACGGUUUUUACGCGUAUGUCGGCUACUGGUGGUCGAGGGGUCCGCACACCUUGAACCUGGCGGAUGACUGUUACCGGCAAGCGAUCCUCGUGCACGAGUGGCUCCACAUCAUCGGCUUCUUCCACAUGCAGUCCACAUACAACCGCGAUGAGUACGUCCGCAUCGUGUGGGAGAACGUGGAGGAUGGUGAGAUGGGACAGCUCGACUACGUGACCUUCUACGACUGGCUCAGGGUCAGGAGACACUACAACUGCCCAGGUGCCUGUCCGAAGAGUGAGAUGCAAAUAUCGGACGACGGUAAAGUGAACGUGGUAGAGGAUACCCCAGAAGAUGAACACGAU